AAAGUAUACGUAGAAGCAUUUGCUGCGAUUAGUCAACACCACUCGACAUAAAAAUAUCCAAAUAAGUGAUUAUAAAGCGACAGAAGGAAUGAAAACAUAAUAAUUCAAUGGAAAAAACUGUAAUUGUUCUGAGAAAAGAAGAUAAAGAAUAGAUGGCGUGUGAAGUAAUUUUUGAUAAGACAGUCAGGUAGUAGAAGCGAACGCUUUCUUUGAUUCAGAGUUAGUUUGAAGGAUCGCACGACAUUUGAAAAUGAUAAAUCAAAUGUCGGAAGAAACAAUUACAACCGCACAUACUAGUGCGGAAAAAACGCCUAAUCAAGAUUCAAAAUCUCGAAAAGUGGGUGUGAAAACAUUUGAUUUUCUUUGGAAGCGUGAUUCACGACGCGAAAACAUACUGAAAAAGGACAGCAACCAGAAAAAAAAAGAAGAUUCGAUAGAAGUAAAAGUUAUUGAAGGCAAGACAAAAAAUGUUCUUCCUAAUAAAAGGUCAUUUAAUUUUUUCAAGGAUAUUAAAAAAUAUAUGCAGAGUAAAAAGUUGACAAUACGUGAUUCAAAACAAAAAAUUAAAGAAUCAUCUAGCCUGCAGAAUGAUACAGUCUGUGAUUCAUUAGUACUUCAAAGAAACCAAUAUACAAUUUCUAUGGAAGAGAACACAGAGUCUGAAAUUAAAUGUGAAGAUACUACAAAACAUUCUGAUAUUUUAAAUAGCAAUGAAACUUUAAGUGCUACGGAUGUAUCACAAAAUGAAUGUAGUUUAGAAAACCUAAAUGAAACAUUAGAAAGAUAUUCUGAUUCUGAAAGAGAAUCAGAAGCAGUAAAUACACGAGUUGUUAACUUUCAAACAGAUAAUAAUGAUGAAAUCAUUUCUAAUACGCAUUAUCUGUGUCCCAAUAACAAAACAGUACUGACAAGGUCUGAUGUGAGAGAAAAUAUUGCAGAGCAACAUCGAAUUGAAGAUAUUAAAGAAAGUGCGGAAUCUAGUAUAAAUGACAAAGCAAAGGCAAGUCUUGCAGCAGAGCUGCUUAAAUUAAGUAAUUAUGGAUGGUAUUGGGGACCAAUAUCAGGAACUGAAGCUGAUGCCAAACUUAUGUCAGAACCAGAUGGUGCAUUCUUAGUCAGGGACUCUUCAGAUGACAGAUACGUCCUGACACUUAGUUUUAAAUCAUCUGGAAAACUGCUCCAUGCUCGUAUGGAACAUAGUGGUGGUCUAUUUUCUUUAUGUAACCAAAGUGAAAGCGAAGGAUUUAGUUCAGUAGCUGAUUUAAUUAACUAUACAAUGAAUUUUAGUCAAUCAGCAGUAUUUUGUUAUUCACGACCUAAAUAUCCUGGUCAUCCAUCUUUCCCAGUCAGAUUAACAAAACCAGUGAGCAGGUUUAAUCAAGUUAGAAGUUUGCAGUAUCUUUGUCGGUUUGUUAUACGUCAAAAUACUAGAUUGGAUAAUAUUCAUAAGCUACCUUUACCAAAAAAUAUUAAAGGCUAUAUUGAGGAAGCACAUUAUUAACAGAAAAAAAAAAAUUGCAGGUAUAAACAUCCAUUAUGAUAUGGAAUGUACUAUAUCAUUGAUAUGAAUUUUUAUAGAUCUAAAUUUUUAAACUGUUUAAAAAUAGUUAUUGCACAAAAAUUUUAUUCUGAAAACAAAGAACAGAUUAGAUACAAACAUUUUUAUUUGAUAAAAGCUGAAAUACUUGUUGUUGAAUUGAAUCUUGUAGAUGUUUUCAUUUUUAUAAAAGUUGAUUGAUAUAGCUAUGUCUGUUUUAUUUAUACUAAUAAUGAGACUUGUAAGAGUGAUAGUUAAAAUAAUUUUAACUUGCAUGAAUUGUUUCAUUAUAAAAUAUGUUAUAUUCUUGAACAUAAUCAGAAGUUUAAUCAACCUGUGAAGUACUUGGCUGUGUAAAUACAUUGUUUAGAAUAAAACAAUCUUCUGCUCAAUUGAAUGGUAAAGAUACAAGUUGAUCUUCCCUUGUUGUAAUGGGAAUAAAAUUUUAUUAAAAAAAUAAAGGAUCAUACUGCCUUAAUUACUGUAGUAUUGCAGGGUAAUUGUUAAAUAUUAUUAGAUCUAUACUUUGUAACAAUUUAUACCUUUAUAUCUUGCACAAAAAUUGCUCAUAUUUAUUGAGUUCGACUUCAAAUGUACAGAAUUUGUUAAACUAUGAUAUUAAAAUAAAUUAGAUAUGAUUGUUAAUUUAA